UUCCUUCCUUCCUUCCUUCCUUCCUUCCUUCCUUCCUUCUCUCUUUCUUUCUCUCUUGGGGAGAGUUGUCAGCAAUAAUACUCUCUUUUUUGACUACCCAGUAAAAAACGUUCAAAAACAAAAAUGCCCACAGAAGCCAGUCUCUUUCCCCAAAUCUUGCCCUGAAGAAGGAUCUUCUGGAAGCCAUGCAUCUCCAUAACCCCCUCUUCCUCCCUCCCUUUCUCUUCAGUUAAUUAAGCAAAUAUUUAUUGAGGACUUGGCUCCUUCUCCGUGUCCUGGGGACACCUGUGGGGACAGAGAGGCAGCUGACAGGAAAGGAAGCCCAAGUACAGCGUGGGGGCCCAGGGGACGGGAGGCACUCCCUGCAAAGCUGUGCUUAGGAGCCAAAGGGUGCCCCACUGCCCAUUUUGGGGGAUGCACAGUGGGCACUCUCACCCCCGCACAGCCUGGUGCCUCCCUUCCCUUUGGGGACCUCAUGGUUCUCCUUCGCCCUCCCCACACCCUGGGUGGAAAACAAUGUGGACAUUUCACAGAGACUCAGAGCAGUUGAGGCCCUUGGCCAAGGUCGAAGACUGUUAAUGAGAGCACUGAGGGGUGCCCGGCCUGGCCCCUGACCUUGGACAAGUUCAUCACCUGCCUGUGUGUGCUCUCCUUAUCUGUCAGAUGGGGGCAUUAACAAUGUGUAUCCUGUGAGCUCAUGGGGAGGGGCUUAGGAGCCCAGAUCCACAUCAGCUCUCCUUGUCUGAAUGCAAAGGCGUCCUUCCAGAAAGGCUCUCCUGGCCUCACCCAGCUGACUAGCAGAUAGCUGUCAGGAGGGAGGUUCAGUGACUCAAGAGGCCACACAGCUCGUGGGUGGCACAGUGAGGAGAGCCCAGGACUCACUCCUGCUGGGAAGGGGCUGGACGAACUGAAACGUGGGUCCCCAUUCCUGUGGAGGGAGCCCCGGGCAAGGGCAGCCCCAUGGACCCCGGCCGUCCUGGGAGGGCCCCACGGGGCCACGUGGGCCCCAGGCCCGGGGUCUGGGAGGCUGAGGGUGGCAGGGUUGGGACAGCCCAGGGCACCUGGGGCCGGGCCUCGGGCCAUCUCUGGGACACCCACAGCAGAGUCGGCCCUGAACAGGAGGGGACAGGGUGAUGCUGACAUGAAGCUGAUCCUGGGCUCCAGCCUUCACUGCCCCGAGUCCCCUCUGCUUCUGAGCCCAGGUCCGGUCGGGCUCGUCCCCCAGCAUGGAGGCCGAAGGUGACCUCCGAGCCCACGUUUUCCCGUGGCCCUCACGUGGCAGCCUGGACUCUGGCUGGGGUCAAAUCCUGGCCCGAAGGGGCAGAGGGAGGUGGUGGCUCCCACUGCCUGCCCAGCCCGGCCCCCACCACCCAUCUCUCCGGGACGAGCUGGGUGCCAGGACACAGGAUCUGGCCCCAGGGCUGUUGAGCAUCUCUGGCCCAAGGGACCCUGUGCAGGUGGAAGCCAGACUCCCGCCUCCGCAUCACCAUGGAUGGGGCUGCCACGGCCCAUUGUAACAAAUGUCCCAAUCCACACUGGCUUUCUGACUGCCAGAUUUAGCAAAUCAAAGUAUAGGACUCCCACUGAAAUCCGGAUUUCAGAUAAACGGCAACUAAUUAGUGAGUCUGAGUAUGUCCCCCCUCGGUUUCUGGCUCAGAAGUCGGAAGGGGCCAUGGAUUGGUUUCCCCCCUCUAAUGUCUGAAUCCAUGAACAGCCAAGAAGAGGGGGAGGGAGGGUCCUUAUUGGACACCCACCCAUCGGUGCUAAAUUAUCAUAGGUUCCCUGGCCUGGGAAGGGUCCCCGGAGCAGGGGUUUCCCACCGGGGACAGCCCAGGAUCUCAGCAGCCCCCACCGCCCUGCGAGCACCAGGCCGGAGGCUCAUCCCUGCACCAGAACUGGUCCUUAAUCCAAGAGCCCUGGUGGCGGGCAGGCACUCUACCUGCAGCCAGCAACUGGACGCCAGGGCCACACUCCGGUCGGUUCUGUGACCGGGGAGACUGGGAACGUGGCACAGAGGAGACGCCUGCUUCUUCUCCAGGAGACACAUCUGUGAGGUUAACAAGGCAGGCGGCGCGAAGCAAGGCAGGGGCUCCCGGCCACUGUGUAGAUAGCAACAGCCAGCUGUCCACAGUCCACACAGGCCUCUGUGCCCUUUCCAGACGGCCCCCUCCUCGAGGCCCAAGGACCGUCUGGCUGCUGAGCUCCCAGGAGGUCCGAGGGGUGUGACCUCCCCCCUCCGCCCAGGCCCAGCUCAGGGCUGCCUAUAAAGCUGGCCCGGCCCGGCCCUCCUCGCACACCGGGCUGGGACCCUCGCCGAGCCUCCUCGGGGGACGCGUGCGCUCUGACCCCCGCCCCCCCAUCCCCGGGCGGCACCAUGAGGCCCCUGUGGCUGUGCUGGGCGCUCUGGGCGCUGUCCCUGACGGGCCCCGGGGCCGCCCUGACCGGGGAGCAGGUGCGGGUCAGCCUGCUGCGGCAGCUGGGCCUGCGCGAGGCGCCCGUCCUGGACCAGCGCGACGUGGAGGGGCUGGUCACCCCGGCCCACGUGAGGGCCCAGUACGUGGCCCUGCUGCGGCGCAGCCACGGCGCCCACUCCCGCGGGAAGAGGUUCAGCCAGAGAGUCCGAGAGGUGGCGGGCAGGUUGCUGGCGGCCGAGGCCUCCACGCACGUGCUGGUGUUCGGCAUGGAGGGGCGCCUGCCCCCGAACAGCGAGCUGGUGCAGGCCGUGCUGCGCCUCUUCCAGGAGCCGGUCCCCAAGGCCGCGCUGCGCAGGCUCGAGCGGCUGUCCCCGCACGGCGCCCGCGCCCGCGUCACCGUCGAGUGGCUGCGCAUCCACGAGGACAGCUCCAACCGCACCUACUUGGUGGACUCCAGGCUGGUGUCCCUCCAGGGGAGUGGCUGGAAGGCCUUCGACGUGACCGAGGCCGUGAACUUCUGGCGCCAGCUGGGCCGGUCUGGGCAGCCGCUGCUGCUGCAGGUGUCCGUGCAGAGGGCGCACCUGGGCCCGCGGGCCUCGGGCGCCCACACGCUGCUCCGCUUCGCGUCCCAGGGCCAGGAGGGCACGGGGCAGGGCGAGCCCCAGCUGGAGCUGCACACCCUGGACCUCGGGGCCUACGGAGCUCAGGGCGACUGUGACCCCGAGGCGCCGGCGGCGGAGGGCGCCCGCUGCUGCCGCCAGGAGACCUACGUUGACCUGCGGGGCAUGCGGUGGGCCGAGAACUGGGUCCUGGAGCCCCCGGGCUUCCUGGCCUACGAGUGUGUGGGCGCGUGCCAGCAGCCCCCGGAGCCCCCGACCUUCAGGCGGCCGUUCCCGGGGCCGCGACAGUGCGUCGCCUCGGAGACGACCUCGCUGCCCCUGAUCGUGGGCGUCAAGGAGGGCGGCAGGCCCAGGCCCCAGGUGGUCAGCCUGCCCAACAUGAGGGUGGAGGAGUGCAGCUGCGCGUGGGACGGGGCGCCCGUGCCCAGGAGGCUGGGGCCUUAGGGCUGGCCGUGGCCUCCGAUGGACUUGCCUCUGUGUGCAUCCGGGCAUCGGGACAGCUGGGGACUAAGGACUGCUGAUGGCCAACGCCGGGCCAUCUACUGAGCUCAGAAUUCGCUUCCUGUGUCCAUCCAGCUCAUCUCCUAAUUUUUCUGCCCAGGGUCACAACUCCCGUGCUUUGCUCUGGUCAUUCACUGCACAUCCCAAGCACUUACCUCUGUCAGUUCCCAAACUGUCACUGUCUCCUCGUCCCCUCGCUGGGUCUGGGCUCAGCUCUGGGGAAAGGGCCUACGUGGUCCGGUCAAGUACGGGUUAUGCAUUUCCAACCCGGAUUGUAAGGGCAUUAUCUAAUAAACAAAUGAAACACGUUUUAUUCUGUAUUUCUCUAUUUUCCCCGGAACCCCAAGGGAACAGAAAGUUCUAUAGAGAUUAGGUCAACCUGCUUAGAAAAUCAAGGAAGGAGCGGAGCAACACAGGAAGCUAGGAUUGAAACACAUUGAGCCCUGUGUGUCUGUCCUCUUACAAUCGAAACAGACAUCUUUUUGUCGUGGUGGACGCCCUACAGUUCUGGGCACAGCAAGCCGGCUUUGUUUCAAUUCUACUUGGUACAAAAUAAAAAAGUCUGAUGAAAAUCAUCAGUGGCACAAGCCUGUAGGUCACUCCUUUAGAUUUAGGGGCACAUGAGGGGAGCAACUGUGGAAAACGUUGGCUAUGACAAUUUAUUUUUUAUUAUUUUUUAAUGUU